UUGACCUCCGUUUUCCUGGCGAGCUCUUCCAUUCCGAGCUCUCGGGCUCGCAAUUGCCGUCUAAUCUCUUCCUCAGUCCCUAACUUUAGCCGAUCGUUGCAACAACCGAUCCCUCGUUUAAGUAUGGCGUCCCUCCGCGGCUUCCUCGCCCGGCCCCAGGAAUCCGACCCAGCUUCCUCAUCCGGUCGACGGGCUCCGAGGAGGAGGCGGCCCCGCUCUCCCAAUUUCGGACGCAAUUACCCGUUUACUUCUUCUUCUCCGCGCCGAGAUCUGGUGCCGCGAUUUCUCUGUCCCAAAGGAAUCCAUGAGCCGCGUAGGAAAAGUAUCAUCUAAUGACAAACAAGUGCAUCCCAUAGCCAAUACCUCCAUGGACCCAACAAAAAGCUCAGAGACCGGACAUGGCCCAAACCCUAGGCCACCUAUGAGUUCGGAUUCAGUAUCAACAAAAGUAUCGCGUCACAAAGAUCUGGAACCAGUUGCCAAGGAUGUCUCAAAGAGUUCGAGUCGAAGCCCGAAACACAAUCCAACCCACGGUCCUGGCUCCAGAUUGCCAAUGAUUUCGGAAACUGCUUCGACCUCAUCCUCUACCUCGACCUCAAUCGGGACAUCGACGGCAACAAUGGCUGCAAAGAGCAGUGAUGCAAAGCUUAGCGACUCCUGCACAACUGCUGUUCGAGGUAGCAGCAGUAGCAACAGAAGUGACAGCACAGAGAGUGCCAAUUCUGCGCCCAUUAAGCGGCACACAGGAGGCGAUUGUCGUUGGGAGGCCAUUCAAUUGGCCAAUGCAAGAGAAUCCCCUGUUGGCAUAGGCCAUUUUAGACUCCUUAAGCGCCUUGGUUAUGGUGACAUUGGCAGUGUUUAUCUUGUUGAGCUUAGAGGAACUGGUGCCUACUUUGCAAUGAAAGUGAUGGACAAGGCAUCGAUUGUUAGCCGUAAUAAGCUACUCAGGGCACAAACUGAAAGGGAAAUACUCAGUAUGCUUGACCACCCCUUCUUGCCGACUCUGUAUUCUCACUUUGAGACACAAAAGUUCUACUGUUUGGUCAUGGAGUAUUGCAGCGGUGGCAACCUCCAUUCUCUUCGGCAGAAGCAGCCUAAUAAAUACUUCAGCGAGCAAGCUGCUAGGUUCUAUGCUUCUGAAGUGUUGCUUGCGCUCGAGUACCUGCACAUGCUCGGCAUCGUGUACAGAGACUUGAAGCCAGAAAAUGUUCUCGUGAGGGAGGAAGGCCACAUCAUGCUGUCGGACUUCGAUCUCUCGCUGCGGUGUUCUGUUGAUCCAACCCUAGUCAAAUCCUCAUCCGUUCGCAGUGGGAGCAGCGGCGGCAGUAGCGGCAACGACAUGUUUGAUGGCGAGCCACCGAUACAGAGCUGCAUCCAGCCAUCCACAUUCUUUCCUCGCAUCCUCCCCAAGAAGAACCGCAAAUCCAAAUCCGAUUUCGGCAUCAACAAUGGCUCUGCCUUGGAGUUCAUGGCAGAGCCAACAAACGCCCGAUCGAUGUCGUUCGUCGGGACACACGAGUACCUAGCGCCGGAGAUCAUUCGAGGCGAGGGACAUGGCAGUGCAGUGGACUGGUGGACGUUUGGGAUCUUUCUGUACGAGCUUUUGCAUGGCACGACCCCCUUCAAGGGAUCAGGCAACCGUGCCACGCUUCAUAAUGUGGUCGGCCAACCGCUGAGGUUUCCGGAAACCCCACUCGUGAGCCUGGUUGCUCGAGACCUCAUCCAAGGCCUGCUUGUGAAGGACCCACAAAGAAGAAUUGCUUACCACAGAGGUGCUACAGAAAUCAAGCAACACCACUUCUUUGAGGGUGUGAACUGGGCGUUGGUGAGAAGCAUGGCGCCACCCCACAUUCCUGAACCGAUCAACUACAGUCAGUUUGCGAGCAAGGAGAAGAAGGCCACUGACGGUGGCCUCUCUGGGAGUAGUGGAAGCAAGGGCAGUGCAAGUGAUUCUUCCUACUUUGAUUUUGAGUAUUUCUAGGAAAAAAAGGCCUUGCAGGUUAAAUUGUCAUGAAUCUUUGGUGAGAUGUUGGAAAGGCGAUCUCUGUAAACAUGAGUUAUAUUUUCUUCUGUGAAUUAGAGAAAUAAAUGUUUCAUUAUUUAGGGAAC